AUGCGCAGCAACCUCCCAAUCUCUUACUGCAACAUCUGCGGUGGACCAUUCGAGUCUGCGAACCUUCGUCGGUGGUCCACUGUACGAGAUGGCGUUGACAAAGAACGUUGUUGGGAUGAUUCUUGUGGCGGGGAGUGUUAUGAGAACGGCUUUAUGACGGAGUCGGAAGAUGAUGGAGGAUGCAACCCCGACUGCCACGGCCUUGAUUGCAGUACUCAGAGGGGAUAUUUCGGCUGGAUUCUUGAGGACAAGGACAUACGCUGGCUCGACGACGUCCGGAUGAUAUGCCAUGCCAACCACCCUGCCGCAGACGAAGAGAUAGACGAGGAGGGAGUCUCCUUGUCGGGCAUAGGCGUUUAUACUCAACUCGAAGGCCUGCACAUUGCCGGUGCGGCAAUCCCUAACUUGCACCCAAAUACUGAUGGCUUCCUCGUCCAUGGCCGCUGUGUGGAAACUCUUUGCAAGGUACGCAAGGCCUCUAAGUCAAAAUACCCAGAGUCCACCCUAUCGCGUUUGUUCAUCACCAUGCAAUCUUCUCCCCUUAAGCGUCGUGUGAACGUGAUUGAUUGGAAUGACCCCAGAACAACACGCGGUGAGGUAGAGAUGUUCCAAAAAGAAGAAAGGUGGCUGGCAUUCUACGGUCAUGAAUGGUUGGUCAUGGACACCGAUACCAUCAUCGACUACACAACGCGCAUCGAGCACGCAGCAAGUGCCGAGGUCGUCCAGGAAAAUAGCCCUACCUGGGGUCCUGAAAUACAGCGCUCUCGCCCCGAGGAUUGCUUUAGCAUAUUGCCCCUCGAAAUCCCCCACAUGAUCAUGAAGCACCUUCCUUCCUCAUCCGUGCUCAAUCUUUCCAUUGCUAGUCCAACUUUCCACGCUGCAUCCAGGCAUCUCCCACAAUCUUUCUGGAAGUCCCGGCUAGACCACCGCUACCGCUGGCUUAUCAACUACGACGAGUUCUCAGAAACGCUAGCAAAGGUCCAGGGUCCAAUCAACUACUAUGCCCUCCUCAAAGAGUUCGAAGACUUGUCCGCCGAUGUCGAGGAUGAGGGCGAUGAGGACCAUCCAGCUACAAACACAUUCGGACUUCGGAACUGGCGGCGAAUCUGGAAUUGUUGCGAGGCCAUCCUGGAUAAGAUCGUUUCAACUACUGCCGUCAACCGCGACGGUACCAUCUCACUCCUUCAACCUCCUUCCAUUCCACCCACAACAAUAGAGGAGCUUUGUUUUUGGCCCGCUCUUUCCUCCCUCUCUGUCUCUUUUGCCCGCCCCGGAAAGAAGGGAUUCCGUGGGUUCGAGGCGACACUCAAGGACCGAUAUCUGCGAUCGCAUGACGAUCCCGAACUGGAGACUGUUGGCGACAACUGGAAUUACGACUACAUCGAUGGACGCAACAGAAAGUCGGGGUUUCGUCUUGAUACAGAGCAGAAAGAGAUUAUUGCCGGCAUGACUCGCUGCUUUGAUGUCGACGGCAAGCUUGUCGGAUUAGUGUUUCAUACUUUUCAAAAGCGCACUCAGCGGAAGCGCAACUUUCCUCUGGGCACCAUUAAUCCCAGGAACGGCCGCACGGUGCAGACGAUGCGUCCCUCGGACAGACAUCAAGCUAAGUCUCUACGCGUCACUUUUGUCGGCGGGAUUAUGGAAGAUGUCGAGCUUAAUUUUGGAUACAUUUUUCCUUGA